AUGGCAAUUUUCAACUUCAGCCGCCUGUUAUUCAAUGAUGCCAACAAUGUCUUUUCGUGUGAGUUGAUGCAGAAAGUGCGUAUAGUUGCGGUAUACUCGCAACGGGUGGGGUGGGUGUCGGCACACAGUGCACCCUGCACCGGUGCGAGUGCGAGCAGAGGGGGGCAGCAGCGGCCAGUCGAGCCGCGUCCGCCGAACAGAGCGGUCGUGUCGCUGCAAACGCGCCCGCACGUACGGGAACCGGUCGACGAUGGCGGCCCACGGCGCUCGCGCCGCGCUAUGUUGAAGCAUGCGCAGCGGCCGCCGGCGGCGAACGAUGCCGACCAACGCUACCAGAACAUGCCGCGGCGGCCGCACCACCACCUGCCCCUUAACGUGUCCACGCUCGACUCGUCCAAGCACUCUGUGGGCGGGACCUCUGCGAGCGUCAGCCCCGGCGCCCAGCCCGCACCGGUGCAGGCGCCGGCCGUGCCGAAGAUAGCCAACGGGAACCCCACCGGUUUGCAGCUGAGGCCGAUACCGCUGCGCAGCCGCAGCGCUCGCGCCGCUACUGAGGAGGCUCUGACGUCACUCGCCCUCCUCUGCCUCGUCAGCCUCCUGCUGGCGCUACUCGCGCUGCUCUUCCUGCUGAAGAUAUCCGCCCCGGCACCGGCGCCCCCGACGAGUUCGCCGUUGUGUACGAAG